AUGGCUGUCACUCCUAAGGUAAUAGAAGGGUUUCUCACAGGAGAUAAGAUCAUAUCCUACAAUGGAUGUGCUGCCCAGAUGUUCUUUUUUGCAGCCUUUGCUACCAUUGAAUGUUUCAUCCUGGCCUCAAUGGCCUUUGACCGUCAUGCAGCAGUGUGCAAACCUUUGCAUUAUUCUAUCACUAUGACAACUUUAAUGUGUGCCCUGCUUGUUGCUGGUUCUUACAUGAAUGGAAUCUUGCAAUCUACAAUCCAUGUGUCCUUUACUUUCCACCUCUCCUUCUGUCAUUCCAAUGUGGUAAAUCACUUUUUCUGUGAUAUUCCUCCACUACUCACUCUUUCUUGCUCUGGUAUCUACAAAAAUGAAAUUGUGCUUUUCAUGUUGGCAACAUUUAAUAUUGCUUUUACUCUGUUGGUUAUUGCUACCUCUUACCUACUUAUUUUUGUUGCAAUCCUGAGGAUGCAUUCUGCUGAAGGCCGAAAGAAGGCCAUCUCUACCUGUGCCUCCCACCUCACCACCGUUUCCAUCUUCUAUGGCACAAUUAUCUUCAUGUACUUACAACCCAGCUCCAGUCAUUCCAUGGACACUGAUAAAAUGGCAUCUGUGUUCUACACCAUGGUCAUCCCCAUGCUGAACCCUAUUGUUUACAGCCUCAGGAACAAAGAAGUCAAGAAUGCAUUCAAGAAAGUUGCUGGAAAAGCAUUAUCUUCACUGGGAUUAGUCAAGUUACUGUAA